UUGUAUAGAAAUUAGUCUGCUCUUACCAUUCGCAACAUUGAUAACCGCAUUACCAGUAAGAAGCAUUACACGAGAAUUUUUUGAUUUUACAUCACUCGUGUCUGUCACUAGAAACGGUAUUUUUAAACUUUUAAACUGCUGGUUUAAAUAAUUGACAUUGUCAAUUUAUUACAACAAAACACUUUUACAAUCCAACGACAAUAUAAAUUUACAUUGCAAAAAAUUUCGAGAAAAUACAAGAAGAAUUUCUAGUGAGAGAGUUAUUCUCGCAUGUUCAUCGAACAAAACAGUUGGAUUCGAUCGGAUCGGAUCGUUUUACAAAGAAUUUUACUCGCCAAUUGUAAAAUUCGAAUAAUCUUGUGAAAAAUAAUAAAUAAUGGGCCUACUGUCCGAGGGCAGUCCUCUCAGUUGGGAAGAAACAAAAAAUCUCGCUGAUCACGUGAGAAAGCAUGGAGUUAUUCAAUUCAUUAACCUAUACAAAAGACUUCGCGACAGACAAGGCGACGUUCUCAAAUGGGGUGAUGAGGUGGAGUAUAUUUUAGUAAAGUUUGAUGAUGAAGCGAAAACAGCAAAAGUCUCUUUACGUGCCCAAGAAGUUUUGGAUCAACUUACAGAAGAAGAGCGAAAAAAUCCAAACAAAGUUAAAUCUCUUUGGCGUCCAGAAUAUGGAGCUUACAUGAUUGAAGGAACUCCAGGAAAGCCGUAUGGAGGUUUAUUGGCACAUUUUAAUGUCGUUGAGGCAAAUAUGCAGUAUAGAAGACAAGAGGCUGCAAAAUUGCUCCUACCUGGCGAGGUUUUGAUGAAAAUUACAAAUUUUCCCAGAUUGGGAUCGCCUGAUUUCACAGAUCCAGCAGCACAACCAACACCUGACUCAGGAGCAUCAAGAAGCUUAUUUUUCCCCGAUGAAGCAAUUUUUGGUGGUCAUCCACGAUUUAAAACUCUCACGAGAAACAUUCGUCAUAGAAGAGGAGAAAAAGUUGCUAUUAACAUUCCCAUCUAUAAAGAUGAAAAUACUCCUUUGCCAUUUAAGGAAAAUUUGGCUGCAUUAGGCGACGAUGGCUCCAGUGAGAAAGCGGCAAAGGAAAAUCAUGUUUAUAUGGAUGCUAUGGGAUUUGGAAUGGGCUGUUGUUGCCUGCAGUUGACAUUUCAAGCUUGUAAUAUUCAAGAAGCUCGAACAUUAUAUGAUCAACUUACUCCCCUUUGUCCCAUAAUGUUAGCUCUAACUGCAGCGUCGCCUUUUUAUCGCGGCUACAUAACGGAUGCGGAUUCAAGAUGGAAUGUAAUAUCCUGUUCGGUUGAUUGUCGAACGCAGGAAGAACGCGGAUUGAAACCAUUGAAGGAGAAUAAAUUUACAAUUAGUAAAUCCCGAUACGAUUCAAUUGAUUCAUAUCUCAGUGAACAAGGAGAUAAAUACAAUGAUGUGCCUUUAACUUAUGACAACGAGAUUUAUAAACAAUUAUUGGAUAAUGGAAUUGAUAAAUUACUAGCACAACACGUUGCACAUUUAUUCAUUAGAGACACAGUUUCACUAUUUUCCGAAAAAGUUCAUCAAAAUGACUCAGAAGACACUGAUCACUUUGAGAAUAUUCAAUCGACUAAUUGGCAAACGAUGCGUUUUAAACCACCACCACCAAAUUCGCCAAUCGGAUGGCGAGUCGAAUUUCGACCAUGCGAAGUUCAAAUAACAGACUUUGAAAAUGCUGCUAUUGUUUGUUUUGUUGUAUUAUUGACAAGAGUCAUUUUAAGCUACAAACUCAAUUUAUUGAUCCCAAUAAGUAAAGUUGAUGAGAAUAUGAUUAAGGCGCAGAAAAAGGACGCUGUGAAAAAGGAGAAAUUUUGGUUUCGACGAGAUAUUGUUUCCAGUAAACAAGACGAGAAUAAUAAAGAAGAAUACACAGAAUUUACUAUCAAUGAAAUUAUUAACGGAAAAGAGGGAACAUUUCCUGGAUUGAUUCCAUUGGUCAAUUCUUAUCUCGCCAGUAUGGACACGGAUGCUGACACACAUUGUACAGUUCAAAGAUACUUGAAAUUGAUUCAAAGGCGAGCAUCUGGAGAGCUUUUGACCACCGCUGCCUGGCUUCGAAAAGAAGUCACCACUCAUCCCGAGUACAAAAAAGACUCGAAAAUUACUCAACGUAUAAAUUACGAUUUGCUCAAAAAAGUGCACGACAUUGAAAGCAACAAAUUAUCAUGUCCUGAAUUACUUGGGCCUUGUAUCACAUCUAAAACCACUGAAAGUGUUCCAACAGCAGUGGCGAAAGCCGAAAAAAUGUGUUGUAAUUGAGUCACGUAUUUAUUAGAGUAGCAAAUUUUCUGAAUUGUGUAUAAUUAUUUUUUUUAACAAAUGAAUGCCACAAUUGUACUUAUUCAAAUUAUAGAAAUAACAAACGGGUGCUUCUCCAUAUAUUCUAUUAACCUACAGUAAAUUAUAAUUCAAUCUGUAAAGAACAUUCCAAUAUUUAUUAAUAUUUAUAAUUGUAAAAAGUUAAAAAAAAACAUCCCCCUGUUAAUAUUAUUUGAAUUUUCAAAGGUUGUUUGUUAGCAAUAACUUGGAAUAAUUAAUAAAAUGGUUCUUGUAUUUGUAAA